CACCAGGGACAGAGGAGCUGCUGCAGUUGCUUGCUUGUUGCGUGUGGCUUUCUGGAGAUGCGACGUCUACUGAAGUAAAACAAAUUGCGUUAACCAAACCGUGCACCUGCCAAAAUACAGCCCGUGGAGCCAGAGUAGUUCGCUGAAGGAGUAGAAGAUGGCCGAGCAGCAGAGGCAGCGGUCCCUGUCCACGUCUGGAGAUACACUAUACCACGUGCUGGGGAUAGACAAGAAUGCCACGCCAGACGAUAUAAAAAAAUCUUAUAGGAAACUUGCAUUGAAAUACCACCCCGACAAGAAUCCAGAGAACCCCGAGGCUGCAGACAAGUUUAAAGAGAUCAACAGUGCCCACGCCAUCCUGGUCGACAGCACAAAGCGCAACAUCUACGACAAGUAUGGCUCCCUGGGGCUGUAUGUGGCAGAGCAGUUCGGAGAGGAGAAUGUAAAUACGUAUUUUGUUCUGUCCAGCUGGUGGGCAAAGGCUUUGUUUGUGUUCUGCGGUCUUGCGACUGGCUGCUACUUCUGCUGCUGCCUGUGCUGCUGCUGUAACUGCUGCUGUGGGAAGUGUAAACCCAAACCACCCGAGGGAGAAGAGCCCGAGUUUUAUGUCUCCCCAGAAGACCUAGAGGCGCAGCUUCAGUCCGACGAGAAGGAUGGAGAUGCACCAAUCGUGAUGCAGCCGGCAUCAGCCACAGAAACCACCCAGCUGACAGCCGACAGCCACACCAGCUACAACACUGACACAGGAUUUAACUAGCUCUGCCACUCGGCCCUGUCAGUUCUCACCGUACAGUUUUAAUGAGGAAACAAGAAAAGGUCAUUUCACCACUGGAAUAGAGAACGCCCAAGGGAGAGAGGGGGGAGUGGGGGGGGGGGGGGGAGGACGAACUUUCACAGACACCUUCAGCCAUGAAAACAAUAGACAUCAACAUUCAGUUGAGAGUUUCUUUUUUUUCCUCUUUUUUCUAAUUUAGUCUCCAUUGCUCCUAAGCCCUUCCACGACACGUGACGUUCUGUAGCAUGUAGUAUUUAAAGCAGUUUAGGUAGGUUUUUAAGUUUAGGGCUUGUUCUAGUUGUAAGUAUUUAUGUGGGUUUGUUUCAUCCACUGUAGGAUUCGUGCUUGAUGCAUCGGAAGUAACCUUCUGCGCAUAAGCAGUGGUUUGAUAAUAUAUUUGAACCCCAAUAAAGUGGUAGCCAGCUGUUUUAAAAAAAAACCAAAAAAAAAACCUUAAAAACAAUAAUAAAAAAAAAUAAUAAUUAAUUAUGCAUUUUCAUUGAAUUAUGCAUACAGAAAUAUUCUUAGUCUGUUAAUGGGAUUUUUCUGGCAUAAUAUCCUUUAAUUGUUUGACUAAGGGGGGGUGGGGUUGAUCUGAUUAACCCAUACCCUUAAUUAAGCAUUUUACUGCACUGGAUAAACAACCACCUAUCCGGGUGUAAAAUGCUUUUUUUUUUUUUUCAAUAAAAAAAGGAUAUAAGUUGAUCAAUUCAACCCCUAAGUGUUCUUCUGGAAUUAUCAUAAUUGAUUUUUUAAAUUUAUAAACCUAUAAUACAAUUCCGUUAGUAUGCAUUUCUUUCUUCGGGAUAGCUGAAAAAAUGUUGAUGACAUGAUAUGAGUUCUCUACACACGUGGAAUGAGCCCCUUUCUGCAUGUGCUGUGUUUUAAACUGCAAGGUCAUUGUGAAAGGAUAAAGAAAAUAAAAUAAAAAAAAAAACACGAGUGAGUAUAAUCAGUAAGUUACUGUGGGGUCUUUCAGUGAUUUAAACAGCAGCAGAACCAGCUGGUGUCCUCUUAAAAAAAAAAAAAAAAAAAAAAUAGUUAAUAAAUGUGAGGGUACUUCAAGGUUUGUCACUGUUUAGACUUUUAAACAGACCCCUGUAUCUGUGUUGGCAAUACAAUCCUUGAGUUAAUUUCUUAAUACACAUUUAAAAAAACAAUGCAUACAUGUAUGUACAGUUUCACAUCAGCAGCACAUUUUAAAUUGUCUUAAAGUGUCAGGUUUUGUUGUGGAUGAUCCUCAAGUAACAUUCCUUAAUAAAAAUCAAUCCCGUACAAUGUGUACUGAGUAGGCCCUGAGUAUCACUGAUGCAGUCUCUGUGCCGAUCCUCGUAGCUUUCAUACUAUUUAGAGAAUGAGUGAUUGCGUUUGACUCCUGUCCGUGUGCAGCAUGGUUCUUUGUAUAAUUAAAAAUGUGUGAAGAAGGUUUACAUACUGUUAAAGUAGCCGGCAUUGCUUGUCAGUGGUAGAGCCGUUGCUGAGCCUUAUUACCAAAUGCUAGUUGACAGACAUGGUGUGCUUUCCCAUUUUAUAUGAACACCAUUUUAAUUGUUAUUCAGAAAAGAAGGCUGUCAAAAAAGGAGCAUGGAACACUGAUACUUGGGUAUAUACCAUUCUGAUGGCUUCUGUACCAAAGUACUGUGUAUGUUAAGUGUGUGUAGAACUACUAAGAAACAUUGGUUGUUGAUACUGCAGUAUAUCUUGUGAUUGAAUGGUUAAAGUUAUGGGGAUCUGAAGCAGAUCUGGAUCUACUACACAGACUAUAUUAUUACCUUUUAAUUGGAUUAGAUGUUUUGUGGCAUACUGUAAAUGCAAAUCGAUAGGAAGUAUGCAUUAGAUAUACAUUGAAGCUUUGCAGUUCUUUGUACAGCGGAUCUCCGAUCCGAAUCACAGAUAUUACACACAAAGUGCUAGAGAGAACAGUGGUUUAGCGAUGUCUUGUACAAGAAAAGCACCAUGAAUAGAAACUCCAGCCUAUUUCCUAGUGCGCUUUAUGUAGUUAUGCAAGUGAGGACAUCACUUUUCACCAAACUGGUGGUCACUUGGAUAAACAAAGGUGGAGCAUUACUGAAGAAAUUUAAGGGAAUCAAAGUUGGCACAGAUUCUGGGUUUCUUUUUUUAAUUUUAAUUUCACAGGUUUAUAAAAUACACACUGGAAUGAAAGAUGUCGACAAGAAAAAAGGGAUUAUGAAAAUGGAUUAUGUUGGGCCUGAAACAUUUUUUAUUUUGUAUCUGUUCAUUUUAAUCUGCCACUGGUGUAAGAAUACAAGUUGCCUAGAGUUGAAGUAUGUUUUAAAUGUAGUCUGGUUUUAAAAAAAGAGAAAUAUAUAUAGUUAAGUUAUUUUUAUUGGUAUGUGUCAAAACGCUGUAGAUAAACUUCAUUUAUUGUUGUAUUUUUUAUGUCGAAGUUUACAAACUGCUUCAGAUAGUGCUAAAAUGAGGCGACACGCCUUUUUAAGUGUGUAAGGUAGAGUAGAAUGAUACUCCAUUUCAUCUGAAAUGUGCGUGCAACUGCUGGUGUUGAUGUUAUAAUAGCGCUUACUAGAAAGGCUUUUAAAUACCUCUUCUCUAACACGCCAGAAGGUAGGGGUGAUUUUAAAACGCACACUGCAAUCUCCCGUGUUCAUUAGAAACAUUUUUUACACAGAAUGGUUGCAUUUUAUUUAUUAGUUUUAAAAAAUGCCACUAAGCAACCUUUUUAUUAUUUCCUAUCGACAAUCAAUUUUUAAUUUCACAAUAAGCACUAAUGGCAUGCAAAAAAAGAAAAACAUGCAAUUCUCUCUUUUAGGAAAUAUAAAAGCUAGUAACUUUAUUCUGUUAUUUUAGCCAUCCAUUCACUAGAUUCUCGUUGUAACAGAGUGAAGGUCAUUCUGUGAAAGCUAAUCCCGCCUGGAUGUUUCUACUCAUCUGAGAACUGCCAUACUGCAAACUUUUCACUCUUAGAAAGAGAUGCUUUAGCCAACUAGCACUACUGGAAUGUCACUACCUUAGUCAGAGAUGGUGUGCUGGAUACUGUAUUUCCUUUCUGUUUUAGGGCAGCAUGAUUUAUACAUACCCAAUAGUUAGGUGAUCUGUUCUUAAAGCCGUUUCAUUAGACAGUAAUUGUACACCAAGCCUACAAUGCACUCACAUUGCCUGUGUCGUAGAAUAAAUGCACUGAUGCAGCGGCAUGUUGUACUGGACAGUAUGUGGCAUUCUCUUUGUGUUGUAUCAUUAUUAUUAUUUUUUUUUAAUUGUGUUUACUUUUAGAAUAUUGAAAAGCCGUAUGCUUAUAACACUUAUUGGUGCGUUAAGCCAAAGCUCAAUGUGCUAAAAAUACUACAAUACAUUAUAAACUCAGAGAACCACUGUAAACUUAUGUGUUAUAAUGGCUCUAAGUGUUGGCUCCACUGAUCCAGCUGGAAAUGACUCUAUUCUACCUGAUUUUACAUACAGAUAAAAGCAGGUGUCCUACUGCACUACAGGCAUAAGCAGCACUUGAUUCUGUUUGAGGAACAAUAAUUCACAUUCAAUGUAGUCUAAUUCCUGUAAAUUGUAAAACUUAUUUUCAUUCUAUCUUGAAGUGAAUGGCAUUCUUGAGGGAGUAUCUACUAUUAUAGGGACCAUACUUUACCAGAGGAAAACCUUAGGAUGCUUGCUUGUCUGUUUUGGCUUUCACUCGAUAGUGAUAAUGAUUAAUCUCGCUGAAAUUAUACCUAGUGCAUUUGCAUAAUGUACUAUAUUAUAACUGCUGUACUUGAGAAAGGACCAUAGUCAUAGUUACGACUGCAAUGCACUUAAAUAUAAAAUAUAGCCAUCGUUAACAUCAAGGCCAAUUAGUGAUUUGUAAUGCUGUGUGUAUAAGUGUACCAUGUUAAGUUUCCUGCCUGUGUAUCUGUUCUAGAGUGCAUUUCGAAGUUCCGGCAGGGAAACUUCUAUAACUCCAUAGAGUUCCCACAAACUUUGUUGAAAUUUCACAUUUUAAUAAUGAAAAGGUUGACAUAAUUUGUACAAGGUUGUAUAAUGCCAGUUUCUAACAUACAAGGUGGGGGGUGGGGGGCCACACUCUCAUAAAAACAGCUGUAGUUCAGGGGCCAUUAAUUAAUCUUGGGAUAAAUGUUUGCCCCUUGUUACCUUUACUUUGUCAAAAUAAAACAAGUAGAUCUUUAAUGGCUGUGCAGGGCCAGAGAUGCCUAUAAAUAUUAUUUCUUGGAAUAUAAAGAACUUGAUUUGCUAAAUCUUUAAACAUUUUUGUGAGUUCAAAAGUCCCAAGUUAAGCACUGGUUAUUUUGACACGCACACUCCAAUGAUGCAGUGAAGUUUAUAUAUUGUGUAGUUUUCUGUAUAAUUGUCUUUUUAAAUAUACAAGUUUGAAUGUAUAGUGCAGUUUUUUUUUUUUUUUUAAACACAGCAGUGGGACAUUGUCUUUUAUGGAUUCUGCAACAUUUUGUCAACCUAUAUACCAUAAAAUAAAUGAAUCAUUUUUGUAAGUUUUAAAACAGAUUGACACCCAGGCCCUUGACUCUUAAGUUACUGCUUCAUGGUUUGUUGAUGAAUUGUUUUGCACUGUAUGUGCCAAAUUGUCAUGUACAGUCAAAAGCAGUUUUUAUUUCUGCGGAGUCUUGACUUGUUGUGUUUUGCUGUAGGGUAACAAACUGCUCUGUGCCAGUCAGUAUGCCAGUAUGUUUUAAUUGAUAAUCAAUUUCCAGUCAUUUCUCCCCCUGCUUUGAUUGGUUGUGUAUUAUCUGUGACUGUGGGAGUACUGUCCUAGCCUCAAGAUGUGCUAUGGCUUCUCUUUAAAAACAUUGGAAACUGCAAACUGUGAGUGAAUGCAUAAUGGAAUUGUAUUGGAUUACCGAUUAAAGACAUGUUCUUUUUAAUCUCUAAAAUAUUAGUGGAUUAAAUCAUGAUACAGUAUUAUGAUGCAUUUAAUUUUGUUUGUUUUUGUUUUCUUAAAGGACCAUAGUUUAAAUUGUAUGUACAAUAUGUAGAUGUGGCCAUUAAAAAUGUUGAUUGGGAAAUGGGCUCCUGUACAUAUGCUUAAAUAAUGAUGAUAUUAAUACAAUUGUAUGUUUUAGCAUGGUUAUUUAUGUACUGUAUGUCUGAAAGAACCAGCAGUAAUUUAUCUGAUUUGCUGUUGUAAAAUAAAUAUGUUUCUGAUGCUUAAA